UAGGACAUAUCAGUCUAUAAUCUCGAUAACUUGUUUAUUUAUAGGCAUCCUCAUUACAGCUGCAAGGCGAUCGAUCGAUAGAUAAUGGCGCGGUGUUCAAUUGAGUUGGAGCCCAGGACUUUGAAUGAACUUGAACUCAAUGUUGCGAGGGAAGCAGCCGUAGACAUUGUUCUGAAUUCCGGAUCGGGGUCUAAUGAAUUAGCUUCAAAACUUCUCACUGAGGGUUUGAGACCAAUGUUCUCCGUAAAAGAGAUGAUAUUGGACGACGAAGAAGAAGAACAGCAAGAUUCAAUUGCCAACUGGUACAAAGAGAAUAGUGGUACCAGUAAAACCAGUAGUGGCGGUAAAAGUAUAGUUGUAGCAUCAGUGAACGUAAAAUUGGAUAACCUGCAGAUGGGCUGUGAUCCAAACUGCGCGUGUAAUGUGAAACCUAUAAGCAUCCGUAAAUCUCCCAACAGUAAAUAUAGGAUUAGGGAGCCAGUCUCAGCUCCUUUCUAAUAUUAAUGGCUUAAUGCUCGUGGUUAGUUUGCUUGAUGUAAAUGCAAUUAUGUAAAUGAUUCCGUAGUAGAAUGGUAAAGUUAUUAAUGGUUAUGAGUUUUUUUUUAGUUCUGAGGGUAAUUUUUAACCUUUCACAUUUACAUGGCAGUAAAAUUUUCGGUUAAAACUUGGCAGGAAAUUAACCUCAGAAAACUCACCAGAGACUACAAGCUAGGGCAACCUAAAACAUGUCUAAGACGUCAAGGCAUUCCAAUCCCACAAAAACAUUUCCCUCUUCUUUCAUCCAUUCUUCACUUGUUCCUCUUAACUACACAAAGCAUAUAAUUCCCUUACAUAAACCUUAAAUCGGUUCUCAAUCACACUUCUUCAUAUCACAACCUUAACCUAGAAUUUCAUAUCUCAAAUGGAAGAAUCAGUUGCCUCCAAUUCACCACCACACCAUCAGAACCGGCUGCAUCAUAGGUUUAAGCCGACACAACCGGUGGCGGAUCGAAUAGUUCGAGCUUACCACCAUCGUCUCCGUCUGCUCCAUCGUUCCGAAAAUAAUUUCUUCAUUUUAGGUGCAACCAGCAAUGUGUAUACAGUCACUUUAUCCACGGCACCAUCUUGCAAUUGCCCAGACCGCGCUGUUCCAUGCAAACACAUUCUCUUUGUGUUUCUGCGUGUUCUUGGAGUCUCUCUUGACGACCAAUGUCUUCGGAGAAAGACCCUUAGGACAUGUCAACUUACACGUCUACUCAACACACCCACAUCGCUUCAAUCCAUAGCCGGUGCACGCGCGCGUGAGAGAUUCCACCAUCUAUUCUCAAGGUCGAAUGCAAUCCCUCCGCCCCGAAUCGAGUUGGGAAAUGACGCCACCUGUCCCAUAUGUUUAGACGAGAUGAAUAAAGAAGACAAAGUUGUAGAAUGUGGGACGUGUAGAAAUGUGUUGCACAAGGAAUGUUUGAUAACUUGGAAGAGAAGUCGUGGGAGGGGAGCUACUUGCGUGAUUUGUAGGGCACGGUGGAGGGAGAAAGCUGAACAAGAUAAGUAUCUUAAUCUUGCUGCCUAUGCCGGAGAAGAAGACACCGUUCAAGAUGGAGUUCAGCUCUGCGGUGACUAACUAUAUAUAUAUAUAUGGCUAGUCCAUGAUUAUCAAUUUGUAAAUAGUGCAUAUAAACACUUAAUGAAAUGUCAUAUUAUAGUUUGCAAAUGGUAAAUAAAUAAUUUGAAUGCA